CCAUACUCAUGUCUGGUAGUGCGAUGGCUCCUGUGGAACUAAUCUCUGCACAAUUUGUUUCAAUGAGCACCCAGGUAUUUAUCAGAUUUGUUCCAAAUUCAUUUGCAAUGCGUACAACAAAGAUUGAAAAGGAGAAGGCAAAAGAACAAAAGGAAGCAGCAAAGAGAGAAGCAAAGUCAAAAGUGGGAUAUUUGGUGCAGGAAACAUCUGUGGAAAUUCCUGUUUUCCCUUAUGGUUAUAGAAAUUGUAUACCGGUUCCUGAUUGGGUCAAAAUUCCUCGUGGUGUUGAUCGUGCAGCUUACAUUGAAGCGAACUUGUCAACUGAUUAUCUCCCUUCAACACCCAAUAAAGCGCAGUUCAAAAAUCUCUAUGCCCAGCUUCGUCAGCAUUCUUAUCCCAUUGCCUCACACGUACUGCAGUCCUCAAGGGAGUAUGUUUCACCUGAAAUUGUGCGGGAUGGGAAGAUUAUCCCCAAGUCGAAUAAUAUUGGCACGCCCGUUACUUCUUAUCUUGACAAAGACAUGAGGGAUACUUAUCAUUUCAUACGCAUUUGGGAUGACAAUAAAGGCGGCCGAUAUAUUGAUUUCCUUAGGGAAAAUGCGUCUGGCUAUGUUCUUGCCUUCAGAGUGUUUGUGAAUUUAGCUCAGGCAGGGGCUGCCCGUUUGUGCUACUUCACUGAUGAGCCCGAAAUCGCAGUGAAGUUGUCAAAGCUCUUUGAUUUUGCCGAAACUAAUCUACAUUCAAGUUACAGUAUAGUGAAGCUUGUGAAGUUUGGUAAAAAUUCAAUGGUGAGAGCAGUUGAUCGAUUUGCAAGAGUCUAUGCUAACCCAGCCAUGAAGGAAGAUUUUAAAACAAAGCUUGCUGUUCACUUUUGGCUGUUAGUCUUGGGAGAAGCUCCGCGGUCUGACAUUUUCAAGAGGCGAAUGUACAAGACUAUAUUUACGGAAAAUGAAGAAGAAACUGCUCCAAUUGGUGACAUCUAUCAAGUUUGUACCAACAGCUGGAACUACUCGUCCAAGGCAAUUUGUCUUCUCCGUUUAUUUCUUCUUGCAACUGCGAUGGGAGCUGUCUUGAUGGAGCAGAGACCGAAUAAGAUUGAUUCCAGCACACCUCACCCUAGCCUUCAGGAAUACUUUGAUGAAUUGGCGACAUUCAGGAGAUCUGCUCAGGAGAGAUGUGGCUGGAUUUCAGGCCAAAAUAUUCAUGAUGUGUAUGACUUGCAAAAGCAAAAAGUUGAUGGGAAGUACUUAUACGGAGAAGAUGCCUACAAUAGGCUUUCUGAUCGCUGCAAUUCUCUGCUCAUGUUUUCCGAGCUUGUCCUCAUGGUUAUAAUGCGGGAGACGCCCUAUCAGAAACUCCUUUAUCUAGAUGACUAUUCGGCCAAAGAAUCUGAGAAGCCCUUAGUUGACGAAGCUGUUUUUUAAAGAUGUUUGCUUCUUUUGAAGAAGCACACAAAGCAGCAGGCACUAAAAAGCACCAGAAUGCUCUUUUGUUGAACUUCUUGCCACAUUCCAUUGUUUUCCUAAAACGGUGGCGCUAUAUGAAGCAUGUCAAUUCUGCGAUGUCCAUUGAGGAAAUUAGAAUCUGGUGCCAGACGUUUGCAAACUGGAAGAGAAAGGGCCUGAGUGAAGAAGAUGCUGCAAAGAAGGUUAUAAGUGGGUGGAACACGGAGCGAGAAGCGUUGGCAGAUGCUCCUGAAUUGGAAGCUUCUCUUAUAGCUCUUGUGAAGUUCAUAAAAGCCAAUCGUCUAGAGGAUCCGGUAAAGAAAAGUGUAGGCGUUGUGAAGGGUGUCCAGUUGUCAAAGGUGCCGUGAGCAUCUUCCUUGUGUGAUCCACAUCGAUUGUAACACCUGUAGGAUGGCGGAGUGAGGUGGAUCGCGUUGGGUGAUUUUGCGCACCUGUAGUCUAGUUGUGUGAUUUUGCGCACCUGUUGGGUGAUUUUGCGCACCUGUAGUCUAGUUGUGUGAUUUUGCGCACCUGUUGGGUGAUUUUGCCCACCUGUAGUCUAGUUGUGUCUUGCCGUUGUGUUUCACCUAUGUGUUGGUCAUUGCUCCCAUGACCGCGACUCAGCUCAUUAUGGAUCUUUGUUGCAUC